AUGAACGGAACACAGAAUCUUAGCAUCCGCUCUGAUGGUCCGGACACAUACCUAUAUGGCGAAUGCAGAUUCAAUCAGGACCCAUGGGCCUACAGAAGAAGCGAAAUACGCCUGGAUGAUGUCCUGGGAGACGAACAUGGCUUUUUCAAAUGGGGUGGGCAUGAUUUUACCGAGAAAGCAUUAGAUGUGCAUUUCGGUAUUGAGGGCCAGCAGAAUGUGCCUGUUUUACGCGCCCAGCUUCGUGGAGACUUUGGGAAUGAUUAUGCUGCGAGAGAUGUGAAUCUGGCCGAGCAUAUCUAUAACUCCGGGGGCAAUCUACAGUAUCGCCCGUAA